UUACUUGCUAUGUUUUUCGUAUCGCAGCGUUUCUGCUAGCGAUUUAAAUGUGUCUCGAGUUAAACUGAUUGAAAUGUGCAGAAUUAUGGAAACCAAGACUAACAUAUAUUAAUUCUACUAUUUUUAAGCAUAAAAGAAAAUAAUAUUCUUAAACAAUUGUUCCUGGCGUUGAAUUUGAUUUUGUUUUUAGUCAUUUGUAUGUACGUGUUUCAUUUAAGGUUAUCUCUACAUAUCAGACCAACAACUUCUCAAAGACGGUUUUCAAUCUUCAACAAUCAUGGCAUCAGUUUUAAGAACUUUCCAGAAUUUUCAACUUUUUAGUAAAUAUUUGCAAACAAGUAUCAACGUGGUUCCAGUUCGUGGAAAAUUGAAUCCUCCUCCAAAGAAACGCCAUCCAGAAUGGCUUCCAAAACCACAACGUGUGCGCUACAAUGAGGAACUUACUAAAGAAAAUAAGGAAUUCCUCUCAGAGGUUGUAGCGACCAAACUUCUUACACAGAAGACUCCACUAAAAGCAGACAUAAUUAAACCAGAUAUAAAAUGGACUGUAGGCUCAAAACGUACUGGACUAAUUGGAAAAAAAAUAGGAGUAUAUCCAUUAUGGCUUAAAAAUGGAUAUAGAGUAUUAACUACUCUAAUACAGAUUAUAGACAAUGAAGUUGUCAAAUAUAUACCACCAGAAAAGUAUGAACCAGUUGUACAAAGGCGUCCACAAGUGAAAACUAAGAAUGGUUGCCUUGUACUAGGUUCCCAAAAUAUAGAUCCUCAAUUACUUACUAAAGAGUACUGUGGAGUAUUUAAUUCUUGCGGUGUUACACCAAAGAGAAUACUUGCGAGGUUUGUUGUCACACCAAAUGCAGUCUUGCCACCAGGAACUCCUUUGAAUGUAACUCAUUUUAAACCAGGAGAACAUAUUGAUAUUAGAGGGAAAACGAUAGAUCGCGGUUUUCAAGGUGUCAUGAAAAGAUGGAGAUUCAAAGGUAUGCCUCAAAGUCAUGGUGUAACAAAAACUCAUAGGAGAGGAGGUAAUAUUGGUUCUGGAGGUAAAAAAGCUAGGGUAAUGCCUGGUACUAAGAUGCCUGGGCACAUGGGAAAUCGUUGGCGUAUUCUCAGGGGUGUAAAGAUAUUACGAAUAAACACCAAGUACAAUGUACUUUGGGUAUAUGCUCAAAAUAUACCAGGAGAGAUAAACAGCAUGUUGUAUUUGUACGAUACGGUCCUUCCUCUAAAACAGAACACUUCGCCAAAUUUUCCUACCUAUUUACCGAACAAUGACGAAGAUACACUUCCUGAGAACCUUUAUGCAGAUGAUGUUCACCCAUUCAAUGAUCCCACAAUUGUAUUUAAACCUGAAUCAUAAUUGUAUCAACGUAGUUAAUAAAAGAACAAUUUUGUAAUAACACUA